UGCACAUAUGCAUAGAGUGGAAGCAGCAGCUCUCCACAGCACUGAGGCAACGGUGUGUGAUUGAGAGAGAGAGAGAGGGGGGUGGAGAGAGACAGCAACAGAGAGAAAGAGAGAGAGAGUACUUUCUGUCUCUCACCAACUAAAGGGAAGCACCAGUGUGGAGAAGUUGCUUGAAGUGAGUGCUCCAGCUGAGGACUUUUCCUAUCAGACCAUGGAAGCAAAGCAGAGGAGGUAGAAGUAUAAGAAGAGAGGGGAAAGAAAGAAAGAAAAAAAAAAAGUGGCCAUACAGGAGAUUUCUUCUGAGGGAUUACUGGACAUUUUAUAUGCGCUCGUGUCAUGGUGAUAUCCUACAUGAUCGCCUCCCGUUGACAGAAGCCUCUCUGUUUCUUGGAUUUCCCAAGGAUCAAAGUUUGUUUUCUGAGCACAGUGUGUGAAUGAAGUGUGCGGAAGCAGGAAACAUGUCAAGCGGACCUCUCAGUCACCUGUUGAGGGGAGUCUGGUUGCUGUGGUUCUGGCAAGCUGUGUUUGCAGCUGGGACUGGUAGUAAACUAUGGGAAGUGCCCACAGGCCCCUUCACUUCCUCCUCCAACCUCAGUGAGAGUCUGCAGUGGGAGCCUCACUGUCAGUACAGCCACCUACAGGACAGAGCAAGAAUCACAGCAGAUCUCCCCCCAACGCUGGACGGCACCUGGGUGUCAACAAGAUGUGAAGUUCGGCCCGGUCCAGAGUUCCUCACUCGUUCCUACACGUUCCACCCCACCCGUCACUUCCAGGCCUUGCAACACUACUACACCGACAGCGGCUGCGAGGACCCAGCCUACUCCCUGAUGACCAGAGGGAAGCUUCGCCUUCGCCAAGCCUCCUGGAUCACUCGUGGUGGUACUGAGGCGGAACACCACAUCAGCAAGGUGGGCAUUGUGGUCCACAGUUUGGCAGCCAAGCAGAGGUUGGUUUCCCGGCUGCCUCCGUCCUGCGUGGGUCUGACCUUGGGCCGAAUGGUGCCGGGAAAGCUGUAUGAGCUGUACAACACCAGGGCGGGGAGGGGGUGUCUGGCAGCACUGGGAUUCUCUAUGAUGGAAAUGGGUCUAAUACGAGUGGAGACACAACAUCGUGGCCAUGAAGGGAAGGUCCAAGAGUUAUUCUUAGGGGACAUUCACACUGAGUGGACACAGAGGACUCACCACAGACCUACAGGAUACCAGCAGCCACUGCAGAACGCCAUGCAUCAUAUCCACCCUUGUCCAGUGUGUGCCCUGGUGUACCGGUCAUCAGAGCAGCGCCCCCCUGUGUUGCCCCGUGGACCUGUACCCUCUCUGGCUCUGGCUGGCCGCUGGGUCAGUCAACGCUGUGAAACUCGUCCAACAAUCCUCUUCCUCACCCGAGACUUCACCUUCGACCCUGAUCAACACUCGUGGGAGGGCGUCUACCACCACUACUUGGACGCUGCCUGUUCUCAGCCCACUUUCACCUUGAGAGCAUCUGGACACUACGCUCAGGGAAACCCCUCCGCCAAGGUUUCAGGAGCCACUGAGUUUGUUUUCAAGGUCACCCAGGUGGGAGUCACAGCUUUGGACCAGCCCACAGUAAAGCUGCUGAAUGGGACGAGGCCAGGAAAGUGUGGGCGGGCAGGGGGCUGGGAGGUCGGGGUGGAACAGGACCUGACUCCCACAGAUGGGUGCACGGUAUUGGGCAUCAAGCUGCCGCAUAAAGAAUAUGAGCUCUUCAAGACUGAGCUGAACCACAGGAAACACCCGCUGCUGCUCAUCGGAGAGAGGCCGACUGAUGGUUCCAGCCCUGACCGACCGCAGAGGAGGCCUACUUCCUUUCAGGCCCCCUUGGUGCUUUGCAGUGGGGGGGAGUCACAGCCCUCACACCGCUAUCGCUCAGGUUUUAACAGCAAGCAAGUCCAGUUAGCAGUGAGCGGGACAGAGCAGCUUGUACAGCUGGUGUUACUGGUGCUGGGAUCUGCACUGUACAGCUGCUUCUGUGUUUAUUAAAGACUAUAACAAUCGUACCUGUUCCCACAGCUGAAGUGUUGAAGGACAUUGUUUUUCUGGCAGCUUUCCUUCACUCUCCCUCCAUAUGAUGUUGGCCACAUGUGUGAUGGUCAAAAGAAUUCAUGAGACUUUCAGGAGAGCUGAAUGAUUUUUAUAUCUUCGUGCUCUGUUGGAUUGCCAACUGGCGUUCAGGUGCUGCCUGUAGAUUCACUUUAAUGACUCAAAACUUCAGCGUUGUAUGCUUUAUUGCUACCUAAAACUAAUCUGUAUAUAAACAACCAACAUAUACAAAUGUCAUGGUUUCAUUAUGUAAAAAUAUAUUAUUUUAAGCCUGUUGUAUUUGUAUAAUGUUCAAGAAUAUGUUUCACUCCAUUUCUUGGUGUUUUCUCAUGCUACCUGCUUGCAAAGAAAAGUCACAGUGUUGAAAUGUGGAUCAGUUAUUUCAAUGCAACUUUGCAACAAGUCUACCAUAAAUAUUAUAAAUGCUUCAUAAUUAGGUUAUUGAUUAAGUUUGAACAGUGUAAUCAAGAAUUAUUAUUCCUUACCUUAUUUUGCCUUGUCCCUCAGCAUGAUAAAACAUUUGUUUGUGAAUUACUAAUCUUUAUAAACAGCAAAAGUGAACCUAAUUGCACUGUUUAAAAUGUAAAAUUGAAUAAUUUCUCUGUAAGUUGCAAAGGGGAGUCUUAUUGUGAGGUAUAAAACCUAGUAUUGCCAGUGUUGUAGUGUAUGUGCUGGUUGUUAUUACCAGAUCAGAUGAAGCUGACAGGUAUAAAUGCUUGCUGAUGAGGACAAAGCAAAAUAUCCAAUUAGAGCUAACGCUUAAUUGUAAAGGUGUAUGGGGCUCACAAAUUGAUAAGCUACAGAUUUUUAUUUGCCUUAUUUUUUAAUGUGUUAUAAAAGCUUAGUAAUGAUUGGUAAAGUGUGAUGAUUAAUAUCCUAAUUAUGAAUCAUUAAAUUUAUUGUAAAGUAGCAGCAUUAUUUCUGCAUCCAAAUGUAAGCCAUUUUCAUUCCAGCAGACGUUAUAUGUGAGCUUAUCCAGCCAAAUGCCAAAAGUAUAACUAAUGCACUUUGUACAGGCCAUUGUUUUGUCUACGUACUGGAAAGUAGAAAAUCUGUAAUCUUUCUAGUUAUCAUCCUCACUAGUCUGUUAUGCCACUGUAGUGUGAAAAGUGUCUUUAUCCUGUUAUACAUCCUUCACAUUAGUGUGCCUUUUUUAUCAGCAGUCAAACUAAACAAGUCAGAUAAAUAUUUAUUUUAACCAUUUAUGCUGUAUGUCCUGAUGAGAAGAGAAUGUUGGUCUAAAUUUGUAGUUAGUUUGGUCAUUUAAGAAGUGAUUAUUUUAUAUGUUUAAUAAAAAAAAUACUUUUCAUAAUAUGUUUUUUUUGUUGUUAAUGUACUGAUAAAAGUCUUGGGAAACUUUUAAUGGUGCUGCAAUUCCAAGACAUAAACAGAAAAUCUGGGCUGUAGCAUCAGGGAGGAACCAGGAGCUGGAUUUUGUCUGGUCUCUGUGGUCUGAUUCAAAGCCCAGAUAGUGGGAUGAGUGUUCUGCUAUUUGAUAAAUAACUGUCAUAUGGCUCAC